CCUUGCCAUUGGCAUUACUGCAGCAUUGCGUUUGUCUACGCCCUUCCAAGCACGCUUUUUAAGGGCACCACAUUGGCCAUCCCAGACAUUGAACCUCAGGCCUGUGCCAGGUUGCAGGUGUGCGGUUCAACACCUCUGCCUCUCUCUUUCUGGUGGCAGAUGUCGGCAGCGUUGGCCGUCAGGCGUUAACGUCACACUGAUGAUCAGCGGUUUAAAGCUGCCUAUAUGCUGAGUAGAUUCAGAGGGAUGGCAUCCACCUUGAUACCCUCAUCUUUCAAGCUCUGCUUACCGAACUCCAGGCUUCCCGCAACGAGCCGGCUUGCCUGCGCAAGUGUCGAGAGCACACAGAGUUUGGCCUUCAUUGGAAGGGCAAAAUGGCCACCUGUGAUCGCUUUUCCUUCAACACAGUACAGGGGAUCUCUGCUGUCCUUGCGCUCUUCGUUUAUUGGCAGAAGUGAACGCCUCUCAACAGCAAAUGCAGCGCUGUCGAGAAGUGAGAGCAAGCAGCGUUGUGUGACAACAAGAGCACUUGCAGGGAGCUCUGAGGAUGGGCCUGGGACACCCGCGGAACUGCCAAAGAACUUUGACUUCACUGCAGAGGAGCGACUGUACUCAUGGUGGAGCACAAACGGGUACUUUAAGCCAAACGAGAGCGACAACUCACAAAAGCCGUUUGUGAUGUCGAUGCCCCCCCCCAACGUGACCGGCGCGCUCCACAUGGGCCACGCAAUGUUCGUGACGCUGCAAGAUAUCAUGGCGCGUUAUCACCGCAUGCGGGGCCGUCCGGUGCUGUGGCUUCCGGGAACAGACCACGCAGGCAUCGCAACACAAUUGGUGGUUGAGAAGAUGCUCGCGGCAGAAGGCGUCAAGCGGACGGAUCUUGGACGGGACGAAUUCGUGCGUCGUGUGUGGGACUGGAAGGCCAAGUACGGGGGCACUAUCUGCAACCAGUUGCGCAGGCUCGGGGCCUCGUGCGAUUGGUCGCGGGAGCGCUUCACACUCGACGACAAGCUCAGCGAGGCUGUUGCGGAAGCGUUUCUACGGUUGCACGACAAGGGGCUGGUUUACCGCGGAAGCUACAUGGUUAACUGGUCGCCGCACCUGCAGACCGCCGUGUCGGAUCUGGAAGUAGAAUACAGCGAGGAACCUGGGAAGCUGUUUUACUUCCGGUACCCGAUCGCCGGCGGAGGCCCCGACGAUUACCUCCCUGUGGCGACAACUAGACCAGAAACUGUUUUGGGCGAUACGGCCGUGGCAGUGCAUCCGGAAGACGAGCGGUAUACAAAGUUUGUCGGGAGAAACGCCGUCGUGCCGAUGAGCGGGGGACGGGAGAUCCCGGUCAUUGCUGACGAGUACGUCGACCGGGAGUUCGGCACCGGCGCCCUCAAGAUCACCCCGGGGCACGAUCCCAACGACUACGCAAUCGGUCAAAAGGUCGGGCUGCCGAUUAUCAACAUCAUGAACAAGGACGGCAGCCUGAACGAGAACGCGGGGAAGUACCAGGGAAUGGACCGGUUUGCGGUUCGGAAACAGUUGUGGGCGGACAUGGAAGCGGAGGGGCUGGCAAUCAAGGCGGAGCCGUAUACGCUACGUGUGCCGCGGUCGCAACGAGGAGGAGAGGUGGUGGAACCGUUGGUUAGCAAGCAGUGGUUUGUGAGGAUGGACCCCUUGGCGAAGCCCGCGCUGAAAGCAGUGGAGACGGGGGAGAUCAAGAUCCUGCCGGAAAGGUUCGAAAAGAUCUACAACUUUUGGCUGGAGAACAUCCGCGACUGGUGCAUCAGCCGGCAGCUGUGGUGGGGCCACCGCAUUCCGGUGUACUACGUCAGGGGCUCCGACGAACGGGACUUUGUGGUGGCGAAAAGCGAAGCGGGGGCGUACGAAAAGGCGCGGGAAAAGUAUGGCGCGGACGUGCAACUGGAGCAGGACCCGGACGUUUUGGACACCUGGUUUUCGAGUGGUCUGUGGCCUUUCAGCACGCUCGGCUGGCCCAACGAGGAGUCGCCGGACCUACUCCGAUACUACCCGACCCAAGUCCUGGAGACGGGGCAUGAUAUUCUCUUCUUUUGGGUGGCGCGUAUGAUUAUGAUGGGGAUUGAGUUCACUGGGAAGGCGCCGUUUGAGACCGUCUACUUGCACGGUCUUGUACGAGACGCACAGGGCCGCAAGAUGUCAAAAAGUAUAGGGAACGUGAUCGACCCGCUCGAUUCGAUCGCCGAAUACGGGACCGACGCGCUGCGGUUCACCCUGGCCGUGGGCACGACGCCAGGACAGGACGUCAACCUCUCCCCCGAGAAGCUCACCUCCAACAAGGCCUUCACCAACAAGCUCUGGAACGCCGGCAAGUUCAUCCUCCAAAACUUGCAAAACAUCUCGGACCCGUCCGAACGUGCCGCGCUCUCGACCGUCCGAUUCGACACUCCCGAAUCGCUGGCGGGGCUCUCGCUCGCGGAGCGGUGGGCAAUCACGAAGCUCCACGUGUUGAUCGACCAUUCGACGCGGUGCUACGAAGGGUUCGACUUUGGGGGGGUCGGGAGGGCGACGUACGACUUCUUCUGGAGCGACUUUGCUGACUGGUACAUCGAGGCGAGCAAGACGCGGUUGUACCAGACCGCCGACCAGCAAGCCGCCGUCGCGUCGCGCGAGGUCCUCGUAUACAUUUUCGACAAAGUCCUCAAGCUGCUACACCCCUUCAUGCCGUUCGUCACCGAGGAGCUCUGGCAGGCACUCCCUCACGACGGCAGAGCUUUGAUAGCCGCGCCAUGGCCGGCGACCGGUCUUCCCCAGGACGGCGCGGCAGUCGCCCAGUUUGAAACCCUCCAAGCUCUGGUCCGGUCCAUUCGGAACGCGCGGUCCGAGUACAACGUUGAACCUGGAAAGCGCAUCCCGGCCAUCAUUGUGGCCCGUCAGUUGGAGACACGUGGCUUCCUAUCCGAAGAAGCGACGGUGCUGACGUCACUGACAAAAGUGGAUCCAGACGGGCUCGAGUUUACGGACGUCGCGCCCGCUGGCGACAGCGGCGAGUUCGUCCAGCUUGUGAUUUCCGAAGGCCUAGAGGCGUUCCUCCCAAUGGCGGGCCUAGUGGACAUGGAGAAAGAACUAGAGCGGCUGAAAAAGCAGGCGGCCCAGCUGGAGGGGACCGUUACCUCUCUAACCCAGAGGCUGUCGUCACCCAAGUUUGUCGAGAAAGCUCCGGCCGCUGUCGUGCAAGAGGCCCGGGAUAAGAAGACGGAAGCCGAGGAGAAGUUGGCUUUGCUCAAAAGUCGAUUAGAGCAGAUGGAAGUCAUGAAGGCUCCGGCUCUCUAGUGCUUCGAGAUCUGGCUGUGUUGGUUCAUGAAUACUACCAGUGCGGCUUUAUACAUUCUUGAAUGGUGCAACCAGGUAAAUGACGGGGCAAUGUGUCAAUAUCGGACGUUCUGUCGCCAUUGACGUAUAUUCCGAGUCUACUCUAUGUACUUCUGUGCAAUACCAAAACCAAAAGAAGCAAACUUUUGAAAUUGACGAGUAUUGACGCAAUCUGGACAAAAAGCUCAUGUCGAUUCUGGUAACGACCGAAUCAAAUUCCG